AUGAAUCCCUCUGUCCAUGUGUCACCCAGUCAUCCAGGUGAAGGAGUGAUCCAGCUCAUCUCAGUGGCGCGAUCCAGCAGUUUGGGCAUCACCAUCGGGGGAGGCUCCAACAAACCUGACGGCCCCGCGGUCUUCAUCCAGGAGGUGCUGUCGGGGGGAGACUGUCACCGGGAUGGACGUCUGCGGCCUGGAGAUCAGCUCAUUGCUGUGAACAAGGAGUCCUUGAUAGGUGUGAACCACGAGGAGGCGAAGAGCAUGCUGAACAAAGUCAAAUCCAGCCCAGACAGUGCUGUGGAGAUCGCCUUCAUCCCAGGGAAAGGACUUUUUCAGAGCAGCGCGUCUCUCCACAACGGGGUGCAGCGGGCUGCGGGCAACAGCUACAACUCUGGACGCUUAAAAGUCCACAUCAUAUCUCCUGAGAUGUGUGCAGAGGAGCCGGCCCCGGUGUCCUCUGCGUCCCCGGACAUCUGCCCUCCAGAUAUUCAUAUUUCAGGUUCCACAAGUCAGAGUUCGCCAACGGGGGCCAAACCUAAGAUAACACUGGACCCCUACAUACGCCUCAAAUCAGACAAGUUAGACUUGGCUUUGACCUUCCUCGGUUUGGACGUCACAGAAGAAAAGAGGAAGAAACUGAGACAAAGCCUAACCGCAGACCCACAAGGCACUGUGGCCUAUGGAGGUGAA